CAAUCUCCAGCGCCGCAAGUACGUCCAACCAAUUCAGCCGACAUAUCAAAGAACAAACGAUUCCAACCAGAGAGUCAAUUGUGCAUUCGCUUCGAGGAGGAAACUACCGUUCUCCUCUUAGCGCGUGCUUCCUCGUCUCCGGCCACCAGUUCAGAAUUUGAGUUCAAGAUCCUUCUCAACCUUUUGAGUCGGUACAAGGUCAAUUCAUUGUGGUAUUUCUAUCUGAUGAGAAGAUGGAAAAGAAGCAGCAGCAUAUCGCAAUAUUUACUACUGCAAGUCUUCCUUGGUUAACUGGAACUUCCGUCAACCCUCUUUUCAGAGCUGCAUAUCUGGCAAAAGAUGAGGGGAGAAAGGUCACCUUGGUGAUUCCUUGGCUGUCUCUCAAGGAUCAAAAACAUGUGUAUCCUGACAAUAUUACAUAUGAUUCGCCUGCAGAACAAGAGAAAUAUGUUCGCCAGUGGCUUGAAGGCAGGACUGGAUUCACAUCACUUCUUAAUAUACGUUUUUAUCCAGGCAAGUUCUCUCUAGAAAAAAGGAGCAUUCUUGCGUUAGGGGAUAUUACAGAAGUCAUUCCAGAUGAAGAGGCUGAUAUAGCAGUUCUUGAGGAGCCUGAGCAUCUUACAUGGUAUCAUCAUGGGAAGAGAUGGAAAAAAAAAUUCCGCCUAGUUAUUGGAGUUGUUCAUACCAAUUACUUGGAAUAUGUGAAGAGAGAGAAGAAUUCC